UAGUAUUGAUUUUUCGUUUGACAAGUCGGCGGAAAACAUCGUCUGUUUUCUAAUCGUAAAUGGAUUAAAAUAAUUCGAGUUCUUUGAGAAAUUUGAAUUCUAAUUGUGUUUCAAUUUAAAAAUGAGUGAAUUAAGGCACCGAGGAGGCGAGGGUGAUAGAAACGACAAAGCGGAGACCGCUGGAGAAUCUGACCAUGUCGAUUCGGAGGAAGAAAAGGCGUUGGAAGAGAAGUAUGUAGACGAUUUGGCGAAGAACCUGCCCCAAGGAACGGAUAAGACCCCUGAAAUUCUCGACUCUGCUCUUUCGGGCCUGUCUUCGAGAUGGAGGAACUGGGUGAUCCGUGGCAUCUUCACUUGGCUGAUGAUCGGAGCAUUCUGCCUUCUCAUAUAUGGGGGUCCUCUUGCAUUGAUGAUAACGGUGCUCUGCGUGCAAGUGAAAUGUUUCGAGGAGAUUAUCAACAUCGGGUACGCGGUGUACCGCGUGCACGGGCUGCCGUGGUUCCGCUCGCUCUCCUGGUACUUCCUGCUCACCUCCAACUACUUUUUCUAUGGGGAGAACCUCAUCGACUACUUCGGAGUUGUGAUUAAUAGGACGGACUACCUCCACUUCCUGGUGACGUACCACCGCUUCAUCUCGUUCAGCCUGUACUGCGUGGGCUUCGUGUGGUUCGUGCUGUCGCUCGUGAAGCGCUACUACAUGCGGCAGUUCAGCCUGUUCGCGUGGACCCACGUGGCGCUGCUCAUCGUGGUCACGCAGAGCUACCUCAUCAUACAAAACAUAUUUGAAGGCCUAAUCUGGUUCAUAGUGCCGGUAUCCAUGAUCAUCUGCAACGACGUGAUGGCGUACGUGUUCGGUUUCUUCUUCGGCAAGACGCCGCUCAUCAAGCUCAGUCCCAAAAAGACGUGGGAGGGCUUUAUUGGAGGCGGGUUCUCUACUGUUGUGUUUGGACUUGUGAUAUCGUACAUGAUGUCCCAAUACCCGUACCUGGUGUGCCCGAUCGAGUACUCGGACUCGCUGGGCCGCAUGACGAUGGACUGCGAGCCCUCGCCGCUGUUCCGCCUGCAGGAGUACACGCCGCCGCAGUUCGCGCAGCCUCUCAUGAAGAUCUUCGGCAUGGAGAAACUCACCAUGUAUCCGUUCAUGAUCCACUCCCUCGCUCUUAGCAUAUUCAGCUCUGUCAUCGGACCGUUUGGAGGGUUCUUCGCAUCUGGGUUCAAGCGGGCUUUCAAGAUUAAGGACUUUGGCGACGUGAUUCCCGGCCACGGCGGUAUCAUGGACCGCUUCGAUUGCCAGUUCCUCAUGGCCACGUUCGUCAACGUAUACAUCACCAGCUUCAUCCGCACCGCCACGCCACAGAAACUGCUGCAACAGGUAUACAACUUAAAACCGGAGCAGCAGUUGCAACUGUUCUACGCCCUGAAAGAGUCGCUGGAGAAUAGGAACAUCCUCAACAUGGUACCCUAAGAUGCUAGUCUUCCAAGGUAUACCAGUUAGUACUAUUUGCUUACGAAGACAGCGCACUUGUACUGAGUUGAAAACCUCCGCGAUUAU